AUGAGUUCAUUAAGGGCAGCAGGAGGGUGUAUGUUGUGUUUAGCAGGAAUUUCAUUUUUCAUCACAUUAAUAUUAUCAAUAAAUUCACUUCAUUAUCUCGGCUCAGAUUGCCCUGGUUUUCGUUUCCUCGGUAUAACACUCUUCAUUAUCGGAUUCUGUAUGAUGUUUAUCCUCUACUGCGCGAAUGUCCCUGAUGAUUCAAGCGAUCACAAUUUACCAAUAUCGUUAUGCUUGUCUUCAUUUAUGUUACUUCUCCUUCUCGCCUUAGGGAUAUUCGCGUUGGCUGUGAGCAGCGAAGGGGGAGGAAAAUCGAUCCUUGGGAUAUCGUACAAGCAGUAUUAUGUAGAGUCGUACUCUAAGUGGAUGCAGAAUAAGGUUCAUGAUGCACAUAAUUGGGAAAAAUGUUAUAAGAAGGUUAUUGUAAAUAAAGAGCAUAUAUGCAACAAAUUUGAUAAGAAAUAUAAGCAGGACUCUCUUGAUAAAUUCCACAAACGUAAUUUGUUCCCUUAUGAGUCAGGUUGUUGCAAACCACCAGAAGAAUGCAAUUUCAAGUACACAAGUCCAACAGUUUGGGUAAAGCCGGAGAGUGGAAACUACUCCAACGUAGACUGCAACAACUGGAACAAUGAUCCAAAGACCUUAUGCUACGAUUGCCAAUCAUGCAAAGCUGCUCUUCUCCAAGAUGUAACUUCUCAUUGGUUUUUCACUGGGGUUUUUUUGGUUGUGAUCAUACUAGGCUUACUAGUCUUGCUCGGUAUAGUUUGCUUUGUUAUAGGUAUCAGAUCAGAUCGUUCAUCUGAAAAUUAUUCAAGGAUAUAA